AAGUACAUUGGCUUGCGCUUUGCGGGGCGUAUGAUUGGCGGUCCGGCGCGAUCAGCAGCUGAUGAGGACUCCGUGCGUGCGAAAGCACCGUGUUUCUCAUAUGGAUCGACCUGUUUGCUGAUUACUUACGGCAGUAGAUUUUCCGGAUCGUACACACAGGAGUGUUACGAGCGAAUGGUACCAUGUCCGAAACUCCGGAAGAUGAGAACUCGCAAGAGAGUGGAAUCUGCGAGAUCAGCAUAACGGAGGUGGAGCGUCGCUGUACGGGCACUGUCAUGCCGCUGCAAGAUGUUUACAUUGCCUAUCAGGUGGAAUCAGUCAUCCGGGAGCCUAGCAAGACACCGUACAUCGUGUGGCGACGGUACCGGGACUUUGAGUACCUGCACAGUCACCUGCAAGGAACCUAUCGCUACGUUGUCACUCCUCCUCUGCCUGAAAAGAAAGUGCAGUUUCGGUGGCAGAAGCUGCCCACAGACACCCUGGACCCAGAGUUUGUUGAGCGAAGAAGGGCCAGCCUUGAGACAUUCCUGCGGCGGGUGGCAGGCCAUCCCGAACUGUCGGCUGAUCGGCUGUUUGGCGAGUUCCUGCGACACGAGGCCAGCUGGCGAGACGCACAGCACGGUGGCCUCCUGCACCGAGCAGACAGCAUGCUGCGCAUCUUCAAUGCUUCCCUGCGGCUUAAGAACCCUGACAGAGAAUUUGAGGAGGUGAAGAGGUACAGCACAGAGCUCAAGGCGAACCUGACCAACUUCUUAAGGGCACGAGCUCGUCUGGUGGACGCAACUCUGGAUUUCCAUACAUUGCACCAGCAGUACGGGCAGGUUCUCAGUGAGCUGAGCCACCGGGACGGCCCCGGUAUGGGGGACAGACUUCAGGCAGCCGGUCAGUUCAUGGAUCGGCUCUCCCAGGCUGCACUGCCCUUCUUCGAGGAGCAGGAAGAGGCAGCUGACCGCCUCAAGGAGUACCUGGCCUACGCUGAUGCACUCCUCUGCUUUGCUGUGUUUGCUGGACAGCCAAGAAAGCACCUUUCUAAUUCUGACAUAAACGGCCUAGACAACUUGGGAAGAGACCCCCUCAUAGUCUGCAAUGACAUUGGCUGCUUUGCGAUUCUAGUCGAUGAGAUGACACUGGUUACAGUGGACAGCUGCAGGGAGCCAU